AUGCCUCAACAGGAUAGUCUUCGUUUCUGCAACACAAGGACAAGAGUCUUCAUUCUCACCGACAUCACGAAUGAGCCUGAUGAUUCCGAGUCCCUCGUCCGUUACCUCCUCUACAGUAACGAGUUCGACACAAGGGGCCUUGUGGCGUGCACAUCUACGCACAUGAGAUCCCGCGUUUCCCCUGAAGAAAUUGAAAGCAUUGUCGAGGGAUAUGCCAAAGUCGUGGGUAACCUGAAUGCGCAUACACAUCCUGCAAACCAAUACCCAAGCGCACAGGCUCUGCGGGCCUUGAUAAAAAGUGGACCUGCAGUGUACGGGAAACUCGCCCUGGAAGUACCCCUCAGCGAAGGCUCCGAGCUCCUCAUUAACACCGUCGACGAAUCUGAAGAGCCCUUGUGGGUGCUUUGCUGGGGUGGAGCUAAUCCGUUGGCACAAGCCGUUGAUCACGUCGACAAGACACGAGAUGCCGCUGACAGCGCCAGAUUUCGGUCGAAGUUGAGAGUUUACGCUAUAUCGGACCAAGAUGACACCGGAGCCUGGCUUAGGAUACGUUAUUCAGAUAUUUUCUACAUCUGCUCGGUUCAUGGCUGGUCCCAGUACAACUGUGCGGCAUGGACCGGCAUUUCUGGUCCGACUGAUCCUGGAGGUGCCGAUCCAAGCCUGUUCACGAAAGAGUGGCUUAAGCGACACAUACAAAUCGGCCCACUGGGCGAAACAUAUCCUGACUUCAAGUUCCUCGUCGAAGGUGAUACUCCGACCUUCCUGUACCUGAUUCAGAAUGGACUCGGCUCAUCCGAACACCCACAUUGGGGAAGUUGGGGCGGUCGAUACACCUAUUAUGAUCCCAGUGAAUCGGGGAAGCACUUUGCGGAUGCUGUAGACAGCGUCGUUGGCGUGGACGGGCGGGUCCACACCAGCAACUUUGCCACAAUUUGGAGAUGGCGUCAAGCAUUCCAGAACGACUUUGCCGCCCGCAUGCAGUGGACACUUACAGACCGGACUGCGGCUGUCAAUCACGCACCCGUUGUAUUCGUCAAUGAAAGCACAGGGGGGCCUGAACCGUUGCUAUUGGAGUGUGAGGCGGACGAGAAGCUGAUACUGGAUGCCUCGAAAAGCUACGAUCCCGACGGUGACACUAUUUAUUUUCACUGGUUUCAAUACAGGGAGCCGACCGGCGUCGCCGGCUUGCUGCGUGAGAUGAUUCCAGACCUCGAGAUUACUUACCUUGACCCGGAGGCAUCAGGAAGGAGAGUUGAGCUUAAGAUGCCGCCUCCCGAGGUGUGCUGUCUGGACCACAUGAGUGGCAACCCCUUGGAGAAAGGACAGGUUUAUCAUUUCGUCCUCGAGGUUUCUGACAGUGGCACACCAAGUCUUACAACCUACAAGCGGAUCGUUAUUCAGACUACAAAUCGCGAGCUGCUGGGCGGCCGUCCUAAUUCGGUGGACACGAACGCAGAAUGGCUUCUCCUUAGGCGGUGA